CCCUGGGCCACGAGCACUCUUUCUCUCCCAAGCCGCCCCCUAGUGCAGCCUCCUAAGAGGCCAGCACACUGCUUACCAUUCCUGCUCCCGGGAGCUCAGGACUGGCCUCUGGACCCUUGGCAUCUGGACCAGGAGCAGCACCAAAGCAGGGAUUGGCCGGCUCCUACCCCAAGUGCCCGGCAAGCCAGGCACUGGGACCUCUCGGGGGCGUGCCAGAUCUCAGCCUGUCGCCAGCAUGUGCUUUCUGGCCAGUCCGCCUUUGGCCUUGCCCACAAUGACAGGCCCAUCACUCAGCCUCACUCAUCUGCUCACCAUCUCAGGACUGCUCUGUUACUCAGCUUGCUGCUUGGCCCUUCCUGGCCUGGAUCAGAAGAAACGUGGCAGCCACAAAACAUGCUGCCUGCUGACACCUCCUCCGCCCCCCCUGUUCCCACCACCAUUCUUCAGAGAAGGCCGAAGUCCGCUUCUCUCCCCAGACAUGAAGAAUCUCAUCCUGGAACUGGAGACCACACAGUCCCCGUGUGUCCAAGGAUCGCUCGGCUCCCCUGGGCCUCCGGGCCCCCAGGGUCCACCGGGGCAUCCAGGCAAGACAGGACCAAAGGGAGAAAAGGGGGAGCUUGGCCGACCAGGAAGGAAGGGUAGACCUGGCCCCCCGGGUGUUCCUGGUAUGCCUGGGCCCAUCGGCUGGCCUGGCCCUGAAGGACCCAGGGGUGAAAAAGGUGACCUGGGUCUGAUGGGCUUACCAGGGUCAAGAGGACCAAUGGGCUCCAAGGGCUACCCCGGAUCCAGAGGGGAAAAGGGAUCCAGAGGUGAAAGGGGUGACUUGGGUCCCAAAGGAGAAAAGGGUUUCCCGGGAUUUCCUGGAAUGUUGGGGCAGAAAGGUGAAAUGGGUCCAAAGGGUGAGCCUGGGAUAGCAGGACACCGGGGACCCACAGGAAGACCAGGAAAACGAGGCAAGCAGGGACAGAAGGGAGAUGGUGGAGUUAUGGGUCCACCAGGCAAGCCUGGGCCUUCUGGUCAACCUGGCCGUCAGGGUCCCCCAGGCCCUCCGGGUCCCCCAUCCACAGGACAACUUAUAAUGGGACCCAAAGGCGAAAGAGGAUUUCCAGGGCCUCCAGGAAGAUGUCUUUGUGGAACCCCCGUGAAUGUGAAUAACCCUUCUUAUGGGGAAUCCAUGUAUGGGCCCAGCUCCCCGAGAGUCCCUGCGAUUUUCGUGGUCAACAACCAGGAGGAGCUUGAGAGGCUGAACACCAAACAUGCCAUCGCCUUCCGCAAAGACCAGAGAUCCCUGUACUUCAAGGACAGCCUUGGCUGGCUCCCCAUCCAGCUGACCCCCUUCUAUCCUGUGGACUACUCUGUAGACCACCGCGGCUCCUGUGGGGACGGGGUCCUGCAGCCCGGGGAGGAGUGUGACGACGGGAACGACGAUGUGGGUGACGACUGCAUCAGCUGUCACCGGGCCUACUGUGGAGAUGGCCACCGGCACAAGGGCGUGGAAGACUGUGACGGCUCUGACUUUGGCCACCUGACGUGUGAGACCUAUCUCCCUGGGUCAUAUGGGGACCUGCAGUGCACCCCGUACUGCUACAUCGACUCCACACCCUGCCGCUACUUCACCUGAGGACGCCAGGAGGUGGCUGCAUCGCACGUACCUGCAGCAGCAUUUCCACCCUCAUUCAACUGACCUCGUACCGUCCUGGUCCAGAUUCCACCACCUUCAUUCAACAAAAACAAGGUCAAACUCUUGCUGCUAAGAUGUGCUUUUAACUCAGUCUGACGGGAAGAACUCAGGACCACUGCAUCCUGUCUUAACCCAAAGUAUUGGAAGACCUCCCACAUGCCCAGCCUGGGGAGGCCCAGGCUCCCACUGGGCUGGUAGCCGACCAACAGUGUCCACUGUCUUCUGGAGUAUGGCCGACCAGGCCCUGGACUGGCUUAGCACUGUUAGACACACAUAGACCUGCAGGCUGUU